GAGAGCGGGCUCCGUGUCUCCACGAUUGCGGACGCGCAGCGAGCGGCGGCUCUGCCGGUCGGCUCCAUGGGGGCAAGGUGGGGCCGGCGGCGCGGGCGGCGCGGAGGUACCGGGCAGCCCCGGACUGCCUCGGCGCUGGCGGCCGCCGGUCUGAUGUGCACUGUGCUGGCCGCCUACGCCCGCUGGGGGCAGCUGCCGCCGCUGCUCUGGGCAUCUUCGACUCCUGCGCGCCCGGUCUCCGUGCUGCUGUGGUGGGAGCCUUUCGGAGGGCGCGGUGGCGCCUUCAGACAGAGACCGCCCCCCGACUGCUGGCUGAGCUUCAACAUCAGUGGCUGUCGCCUGCUCACAGACCGCUCGUCCUAUGGGGAGGCGCAAGCCGUGCUGUUCCACCAUCGGGACCUUGUGAAGGGACCCCCGGACUGGCCUCCGCCCUCGGACUCCUGGGGGCGCACUGCUGAGGAGCAGGAACUAUGGGUGUUAGAAGACCAAGAGGAAGCGCCACGGGCUGAGGCCAAAGCCCUGGCGGUGUCGAGCCCCAGGCCUCCGGGCCAGCGCUGGGUAUGGAUGAACUUCGAGUCACCCUCCCACUCUCCUGGGCUGCGAAACCUGGCAGGCAACCUCUUUAACUGGACUCUCUCCUACCGGGUUGACUCGGACAUCUUCGUGCCUUAUGGCUACCUCUACCCCAGAAGCCACCCCAGAGACCAGCCUCCGGCUCUGGUUCCGUCUCUGGGCCGGAAACGGGGAUUGGUGGCUUGGGUGGUAAGUCACUGGGAUGAGCGACAGGCCCGAGUUCGCUACUACCAUCAGCUGAGUCAGCACGUGCCCGUCGAUGUGUUUGGUAAGGGUGGGCCUGGACAGCAGUUGCCGGCUAGCGGCCUCCUGCACACAGUGGCCCGCUACAAAUUCUACCUGGCCUUUGAGAACUCGCAGCACCUGGAUUAUAUCACGGAGAAGCUCUGGCGCAACUCAUUGCUGGCUGGGACGGUGCCAGUGGUCCUGGGCCCGAACCGGGCCAACUACGAGCGCUUCAUUCCUCGCGGCGCCUUCAUCCACGUGGACGACUUCCCUAAUGCAGCCUCCCUGGCCACGUACCUCCUCUUCCUCGAUCGCAAUCCGGCUGUCUACCGUCGCUACUUCCACUGGCGCCGGCGCUAUGCUGUACACAUCACCUCCUUUUGGGACGAGCCCUGGUGCCGUGCCUGCCAAGCUGUGCAGACAGCUGGGGACAGGCCCAAAAGUGUACACAAUUUGGCCCGCUGGUUUGCCUUCACCUAG